AAAAGCCGUACCAGUGCCGCCGCUCGCAAACACCAUCGCGACCUCUUGCUCUCUUUCUCCGCCCGACCACGGCCUCGCUCCUCGAUCCGCCGGACCCGCCCCCGGCCGUGACGACAUUCCUCCGCCGCAGAUUCUGUCUGCUUACAGCAUCCGCCUGCCCUUGUCUCCGGCCUAACCGAAUCCCGUCGUGAAUCUGUCCUCCGCCUUUCGUUCCCUCCCUUUCACCUCUCUAUAUCCCCGGAUACUCGCCAGCGACACCAAGCGCCCUCCCUCGUCCCCCUACCCGAGUCCGCCUGGCAUUUUGCGACGCCCCCGUCCUUCCCGGCUGAGGCCGGCCCAUCGCCGCAGCUCCCUCCAUCCACCCCGACACCUGGCGUCAACCGUCCCCGCCCGCCGCAAUGGCGCUCCAACCCUACGAGGAGGAGAACGAGGUGUCGAACCCGGUCAAGCGAAUCCGAUGGGCUACCCACCGCGAGCAAGGGCCAAAGGGCGAGCGCAAGCGCGCCUCCGUCAUAGGCCGUCUGCAUCGGCGCAUUGGCUCGGGCGGCAGCGAGAAGAAGGUGGAAGCUGGCUUGCCAGAAGACGAUGAAGACAAAGACGCUCCGCCCCCGCCCGACGACCACGCGCACUCCGACGCGGGCGGAGAUGAGGCGGAGGCGGGAAGGACCAUCUACUUCAACCAACCGCUGCCUCGUUCGGCCAGAGACGAGGAGGGCCAUCCGCUCGUUAUGUACCAACGAAACAAGAUUCGGACCGCCAAAUACACGCCCCUCAGUUUCGUGCCCAAGAACUUGUACUAUCAAUUCCACAACAUUGCGAACAUUUACUUCGCUUUUAUCAUUAUUCUCGGCGCCUUUUCCAUCUUCGGUGCCUCUAACCCAGGUCUUAAUGCUGUCCCGUUGAUCGUCAUUAUCGUUGUCACCGCCAUCAAGGAUGCCAUUGAAGAUUGGCGCCGAACCGUCCUCGACAACGAACUCAACAACGCUCCCGUCCAUCGCCUCGUCGACUUUGACAAUGUCAACACCUCGGAGGACAACGUCUCCUUGUGGCGCAGGUUCAAGAAAGCAAACACCAGGGCCAUUGUCGCCUUGUGGAAGCUUUACAAGAAGAGCAAGAAUAAUAAAAAAGGCAAGGAUUUUGCCGAAAGGACGCUUGACGAGUCAAGACCAUCCAUCGACACGCGACGCGCGUCCGCCAUGAUCAACAGACGCUCGUUUGCGUCCGCAAGGAGCGACGACGGCCCAUCACCCGGUGACGACGCGAUUCAGAUGACGCCCGUUCCGUCUCCUCUCCCUGGUCAAGGCGAACGAGGUGAUGAUACCCUUGACGUUGAUGGACAGCCUGCCGUCCUUGCUGGUCCGACAUCCGAAAAGGCCGCUGCGCCCGACGUACAUCAACGGUUUUAUGGAAGUCUGCUUAAUCCUUACCGAUCAAGUCCGGACAAGGCUAGAUUUAAGAAGGACAGCUGGAAGAAUGUUCAAGUUGGAGACUUUGUGCGUUUGUAUAACGACGAACAGAUUCCCGCCGAUAUCGUGGUUCUAUCCACCUCCGAUACCGAUGGAGCUUGCUACGUCGAAACGAAGAACCUGGACGGAGAGACCAACUUGAAGGUCCGUCAAGCUCUCCAUGCCGGAUUACAGGUGCAACAUGCUCGUCAUUGCGAAAAGGCCGAAUUCGUCAUCCAAAGCGAAGCGCCGCAUGCCAAUUUGUACGCGUACAACGGAGUCGCUCGCUGGACCCAACGCGAUGCGAAGGAUCCUAACGGUGCCGGAACGGAAAUGGCGGAACCGAUCACCAUCAACAAUCUUCUUCUGCGUGGAUGCAGUCUCCGGAACACGGAAUGGAUCCUUGGUGUGGUUGUCUUCACCGGUGAAGAGACCAAGAUUAUGUUGAAUUCCGGUAUCACUCCUACCAAGCGGGCCAAGAUCUCCAAGGACCUGAACUGGAACGUCAUUUACAACUUCAUCAUCCUUUUCUUCAUGUGUCUCGUCUCGGGUAUCGUUGAAGGCGUGACCUGGGCACAAGGCGGGAACUCUUUGGACUACUUUGAUUUUGGUACCUAUGGUGGAAGUCCGGCCGUGUCGGGUUUCAUCACCUUUUGGGCUGCCGUCAUCCUGUUCCAGAACUUGGUUCCCAUCUCGCUCUACAUUACCCUCGAAAUCAUCCGGACCAUCCAGGCAGUUUUCAUCUACAAUGACGCGGCCAUGUACUACGAGAGGCUCGACUAUCCAUGCACACCCAAGUCCUGGAACAUUUCCGACGACGUUGGUCAAAUCGAGUACAUUUUCUCUGACAAAACCGGUACCCUAACCCAAAACGUCAUGGAGUUUAAGAAAGCGACCAUCAACGGUGUUCCGUAUGGUGAAGCCUACACUGAAGCUCAGGCUGGUAUGCAGCGCAGGCAAGGUAUCAACGUUGAGGAGGAAUCCGCCCGAGCUCACGAGCAAAUCGCACAAGACCGCGUUAGAAUGCUGGAUCUGCUGCGCAAGCAGCACGACAAUCCCUAUUUGCGCGACGAGAAUGUGACAUUUGUCGCUCCUGACUUUGUCGCAGAUCUUAACGGCGAAGCUGGUGAGGAGCAAAGACGGGCAAACGACCAAUUUAUGCUUGCCUUGGCCCUAUGUCACACUGUCAUCACUGAGAAGACUCCUGGCGAUCCGCCAAAGAUUGAGUUCAAGGCCCAGUCUCCCGAUGAAGCUGCGCUCGUUUCCACGGCGCGUGAUUGCGGAUUUACUGUGCUUGGACGAUCCGGCGACGACAUUAUUUUGAGUGUCAUGGGUGAAGAGAGGAAAUACACGGUCUUGAACACGCUCGAGUUCAACUCUUCGCGCAAGCGUAUGAGUGCUGUCAUUCGCAUGCCGGAUGGAAAGAUUGUCUUGUUCUGCAAAGGCGCCGACAGCAUCAUUUAUUCCAGGUUGAAGCGCGGCGAGCAGUCUGAAUUGCGCAAGGUUACGGCAGAGCAUCUUGAAAUGUUUGCGCGUGAAGGUCUUCGUACCCUUUGCAUUGCACAGAAAGAGCUUACGGAAGAGGAAUACCAAACAUGGAACAAGGAACACGAUAUUGCUGCCGCGGCCGUCACCGAUCGCGAAGCCAAGCUCGAAGAGGUUUCCGAUGUCAUGGAGCGGGAUCUGAUGCUCCUCGGAGGCACCGCCAUCGAGGAUAGACUUCAAGAUGGUGUUCCGGAUGCCAUUUCUCUCUUGGGAAGGGCCGGUAUCAAGCUUUGGGUUCUGACGGGUGACAAGGUCGAAACCGCCAUCAACAUUGGUUUCUCUUGCAAUCUGCUGGACAACGAAAUGGAGCUCAUCGUCAUCAAGAUCGAAGAUGAAAACCUGGACACGGCAGAAAAGGAACUCGACAAGCAUCUCGCUACGUUCAACAUGACCGGAUCCGACGCAGAACUCGCCGAAGCGAAAAAGAAUCACGAACCUCCUGAUCCGACGCACGCUCUCGUCAUCGACGGAGAUACGUUGAAGUUGGUUCUCGACGAGUCGUUGAAGCAGAAGUUUUUGUUGUUGUGCAAGCAGUGCAGAUCCGUUCUUUGCUGUCGUGUCAGCCCGAGUCAAAAGGCUGCCGUUGUUAACAUGGUCAAAAACGGUCUCGAUUGUCACACUCUUUCCAUUGGCGACGGUGCCAAUGAUGUGGCUAUGAUUCAAGAAGCUCACGUUGGUGUCGGUAUCGCUGGUGAGGAGGGUAGAUCUGCCGUCAUGUCUUCGGAUUAUGCUAUUGGUCAGUUUCGCUUCCUCACAAGGUUGGUUCUCGUUCACGGAAGAUGGUCGUACCGCAGAUUGGCGGAGACCAUUGCCAACUUCUUCUACAAGAACAUUGUGUGGACGUUGGCCUUGUUCUGGUACCAGAUCUACUCUGACUUUGACUGCUCGUACAUUUUCGACUACACCUAUGUCAUUAUGUACAACUUGGCAUUUACCUCCUUGCCAGUCAUUGUCAUGGGUAUUUUCGAUCAGGAUGUUGAUGACAGAGUCUCGCUGGCCGUCCCGCAACUCUACAGGAGAGGUAUCGAGCGUCUUGAAUGGACACAACGCAAGUUCUGGGGCUACAUGAUCGACGGUCUUUAUCAAUCCCUCAUGGUCUUCUUCAUGGUCUAUCUUCUCUUUUCGCCGGCAACCUUUGCUAGUGAGAAUGGUUUGGAUGUGGCGGACAACAAGCGCAUGGGCAUCUACAUUGCCAGUGUGGCUGUCAUUGUCGUCAACCUUUACAUUCUCAUGAACACGUUCAGGUGGGACUGGCUCAUGCUGCUCAUUAUCGCCAUCAGUAUCCUGCUCAUCUGGACUUGGACCGGCAUUUAUACCGCAUUCACUGCUGGCUUCACUUUUUACAAGGCCGCGCCACAAGUAUACGGUCAACUAAGCUUCUGGGCCGCAACCUUGGUCAUUACAGUCAUGUGUCUUCUCCCAAGGUUCACAUUCAAGGCGUUUCAGAAGGUUUAUUUCCCUAUGGAUGUGGACAUUAUCCGAGAGCAGGUCAUUCAAGGCAAGUUUGACUACCUGAAGAGGACUGAUACGUUCAUUCCUCCUCCGCCGCCGCCUGAACCGGAAAAGCUGGACUCGCUUUCGUCCUCGGAAAUCUCCAAGCCUGGUAAGCAGGAUCGCAAUACCGUUUCCAGUUACAACGGUCCCGACGACGAACGGCCUAUUUACCCUCCAUCAGUAGCCCCCACCGCAACGACGCAUAACGCAAGAAGUCAAAACGGCAGCGACAGCACCAACUGCACCAGGCAUAGCUAUUCUUGGCAUGAUCAGCAGCAGCAGCAGCCGCAGCAGCCGCCGCAGAACCCGCAGCGACUCUCGGUUCAGGUUGAUCCCCCUCGACGAUCGGGCGAGCGUCCUCGACCGUCGUUUGAACGUGCAAGGCAUUCGAUGGAUCGGCCCAUGCGAGCUAGCUUUGAGGCCAAUUCUGAUUUUACUUCUGCCGCAAGGUUAAGCAGGUUGGAGAGCAGUUAUUCAACAAAGGACGUUGAGGCAGUUGAUAUUGGGGUUGCGCGGUAGUGAAGGUCUGUGGCUUUGGCCGGACACGAUACCAAGAAGCUGUACAUGUCUGAAUGCGUUUAUCAUCUGAGGCGUUCGGUUUCGUUUGUUUCGCUGGAAGUUUUGCAGACGGGUUUAAAAGCUCCCGACUAUGCUUUUAAUCGGGAGUUUGAGGCGUAUUGAGUAUACCACGGUUGGCCUUUGCUCUUUGUUUCCGGUACCUUGCAUUCUGCUCUACCUUUUCGAUGAGUUCUUUGCAUUAGCAUCCGUUCGGAUUGCUCAUGGUUGCAUAGACGGCAAUAAAGUAUUUUUACUGC